AAUAGUCACAUAAAUGGUUGUGUUUGUGCGAAAUUCAAUGAAACUGAAGUUUUUGUUUGACCAUUGAAAUUAACCAAAACUCCAAAAGUUUCAGGUCUCAUAGAUCUGAAGAAACAACACCACGAUCCCUUUCACCAUAACUAAAACCAAAUCAAACAAUAAAACGUCAUGAUUCACUUUGUGCUUCUCAUAAGUAGACAAGGAAAAGUAAGGCUUACAAAAUGGUAUUCUCCAUACUCUCAAAAAGAAAGAUCCAAGGUAAUUCGAGAGUUAAGCAGUGAGAUUCUCUCACGAGGUCCGAAACUGUGCAAUUUCGUAGAAUGGAGGGGAUUUAAAGUUGUUUAUAAAAGAUAUGCUAGCCUUUACUUUUGCAUAUGCAGUGAUCAAGAUGACAAUGAAUUGGAGACACUCUCCAUUAUUCAUCAUUAUGUUGAGACAUUGGAUCGCUAUUUUGGCAGUGUUUGUGAAUUGGAUUUGAUCUUUAACUUCCAUAAGGCAUAUUUUAUUUUGGAUGAAAUUUUGCUUGCUGGAGAGAUGCAAGAAACUAGCAAGAGAACUACACUCAGACUCAUAGCUGCACAGGAGGAAUUAUUAGAAGCAGCUAAAGAGGAGGCUAGUUCAUUGAGUAGCAUAAUUGCUCAAGCCACCAAGUGAGAGAGAGAUUCAUAGUGAAUUAUAUCAUGUUACAAUAAUUAGCUUAUAUACUGCAAAUAAAAUUUCAAUCAAGUGAUACUUUUCUCUCUUAUUGCUUUAAAGAUUUUUUGACAAAGCCAUGUAUCCUUGGUUAAUUUCAUGUACUCCAAAUACUGAAAUAUGACUUAUUGUUCAUAUCAUUGAAGACAUGUAUCUCUUUUCAAUUUUUUCUUUUGAUUUUAAUAAUCUCAUUCUUGCUUUCUUGAACAAAAAAUA